AUGGCCAUAAAUAAUAUUCUGCUUCUUCUCUUAGCAUUUCUUCUAAUUGAUAUUACAGUUUAUACUCCUGCCCAUGCAAGGAUCUUAAAACCAGAGAAUAAUGGAAGUGAAAAGUUUGACAUGAUAAUUACUAUUUUCGGGAAGCAUGAUCAGUCAAAAGAAGAAGGUCCAAAGCCGCUACCACCACCAAUACCGUUUCCAACUCUACUAAAAGAGGUCGAUAUUGAUAUCAGAAAACCAAAUCCAACACCGCCACCAUCACCAAAACCAUAUCCAACUCUUUCUCAGGAAAUAAAAGGAGAUUAUGCACCUUAUGGAGAUGGUGUCCAACCAAAAGAGGUCGGUAUUGUUGACAGGCCAAAUCAGUCACCACCGCCGUCACCACGACCAUUUCCAACUCAAUCUCAGGAAAUAAAAGGAUAUUAUGCACCUUAUGGAGAUGGUGCCCAACCAAAAGAGGUUGGUAUUGUUUAUAGGCCAAAUCAGCCACCGCCGCCGUCACCACGACCAUAUCUGACUCUAUCUCAGGAAAAAGAAGACUGUGAACCUAAUGGAGAUGUUGUCCAACCGAAAGAGGUUGAUACUAAUGUUGAUAAUAAGUCAAAUCAGCCACCGCCGCUGUCACCAAAACCAUAUCCAACUCUGUCUCAAGAAAAAGAAGUUUACGCACUUUAUGGAGAUGGCAUUCAACCUAAAGAGGCUAGCACUACUGUUGAUAAGCCAAUUCCACCAUCACCAAAACCAUAUCCAACUCUAUCUCAAGAAAAAGAAGAUUAUGUUGAUAUAUUAAUGUUGAUCGAUAAGCCAAAUCCGCCAUCGCCACCAUCACCAGAACCAUAUUUAACUCUCUCUCUAGGGAGGCAUCAGUCAAUCAAGGGCAGGUGGUUAUGA